AUGAGUGACUCGGACAAGCAGUUGAGAUACGUUGAUGCAAGUAUCUUUUCAAACUCAAACUACUUACUCGGGAAUGUACACGAAAAUGAUCAGGACGAUAUUAUUCAACGUGCUCGUGAUAUCGGAUGCACCAAGUUUAUGGUGACAGGCUCAGAUCUAGUAGAGUCUCGACAUGCCAUCGAACUUGCUAAGAAAUACCCGGGAUUCUGUUAUGCAACUGUUGGUGUUCAUCCCUGCCAAGCAAAGCUUUUUGAUGAAUUUCCCGGCGGUCCAGCGAAGAUGUUGGAGGAGCUGCGGUCUCUUGCCAUUGAAGCAAAGGAGUCUGGAAAUGCUGUGGCCUUCGGCGAGAUUGGUUUGGAUUAUGAUCGACUGUUUUUGAGCGCGAAAGAACCCCAACUGAAGUAUUUUGAAGCUCAACUGGAUCUCGCAGUGGAGAUACAGCUUCCUCUUUUCCUUCAUUCCCGGGCUGCUAGUGAAGACUUUGAGAAGUUACUGGCGCCCAGGCUAGAGAAACUUCCCAAGAGAGGUCUGGUGCAUAGUUUUACAGGAACAAUGGAGGAGAUGCAGCGGAUGGUGGCACUUGGUCUGGACGUUGGUGUCAACGGUUGCAGUCUCAAGACGGAUGAGAAUCUGGAAGUGGUAAAAGCUAUUCCACUUGAUCGAAUUCAGAUCGAAACAGAUGGGCCUUGGUGCGAAAUUCGGCCUUCCCACGCAUCUUCAAAGUACCUGCAAGGCGCACCUGCAUUGCCAAAGGCAGUUAAGAAGGAGAAAUGGCAGAAAGGACUCAUGGUCAAAGGCCGCAAUGAACCUAUUGCGAUUGCCCAUGUCGCAUGGGUUAUUGCUCAACUGAAGGGAAUUACAGUCGAGGAGGUUUGCGAGGCGUAUGCUUAUCAGAUUGUGAUCUUCAUGGCUUCCAGAUGGCUGAUUUAUUUCUUUUAG